UUAUCGAAAAUGAGUUUUCUUGCAAGUCGUCGGGUCCUCUUCACUCAAUUUAGGACCAUUCGUCAUAAACCGUGGAUUCCGAAAUUCCGUCUCAUUCGUCAAAUGCAACCUUGGGUUCAGCCCUUCGACCCUGAUCUAAUUUCCAUCGGUGGUAAAAGUGGAGGUGAGCGGGCUACCGCGUCGGAAAUUCGCGAGCAUUUGCGCCGCAAUGGUCUCAUGCCGCCUCUUAUCUUCCAAGACCGUCCUAUUAAUCUGACUCAUUCCGGUCGAAUAUUCGAUGAGUAUGUUCCUCCAGAAGGUGAUGGUAAAUCGUCUCUCCUUUCAACCGGGACGGUGACAUCGAUGAAAGAUGCAGCCUUAAAAAAGGCCAAAACAACCAGAGCUGCUUUUCGUAUUAAAAAGCACAAGCCCACUUUUAGUACUGCUAAUUUUCCUUCGGAAGCCGAUUCUAUCUACAAAGAAGUGCUUAGCCUUCUUCCCAAGUUUUAUGACAACGAGGAACGAUUGCUUGAGCUCACCACAGAAAAGGCUUUUGCGGAGAUGACAGAUGGCUUGAAACUGCGAACUCUUCGUUGGAACUUCGUGGGUAGCUUAGAGCCACCUCGAAUUGUCAGCUGUCGGACUGAGGAGGCUUUAGGCAAGGGUAAUAUGUUCGGACAGGUCACUGUCAGAUUCCAUACUCAACAAGUGAGUGGACAGCAAUUUCGGGGAUAG